AUGGCGGUUUGUGGGUUGUGCCACUGCUCGUAUCAGGGACAGACGCUGCUUCAGAGCGCUGGGAGGAUUGGAGCAGCGGAAGUGCUUAGUAAAAAAUACGGUUCCUCGCAGCCGCCCGGAGCGGGCGGUGCCACCCCCUCCCCCGCCAGCGACUGCCCGGCCCUCCCCCUCGGAUGUGGCUGGGGCUUGAGGAGUCAGGGCUGGGGACGCCGCAGACCCGGGACCCGGAGUAGCUCGGAGGCGGUGAAUAAUAGCCCUUCAAGUCUGAAAAAAAAAAAAAAAAAAAAAAAGGCCUCCAGUAAAACCACAAUGCAAAAAAAGGGAAUGAAACAGAAGGGAAAGAGUAAAAAAGUAGAAGAGGCAGAGCCUGAAGAAUCUGUGGUGGAAAAAGUACUAGACAGACCUGUAAUGAAUGGGAAGGCGGGGCAUUUCCUGCAGUGGAAGGGAUUUACAGAUACUGACAAUACUUGGGAACCUGAAGAAAAUUUAGAUUGUCCAGAGUUACUUGAAGCAUUUCUUUUUUCAUUUCUUAAUUCCCGAAAAGCUGGUAAAGAAAAAGAUGGCACAAAAAGAAAAUCUUUAUCUGACAGUGAAUCUGAUGAUAGCAAGUCAAAGAAGAAAAGAGAUGGUGCUGAGAAACCCAGAGCCUUUACCAGAGGUCUUGAUCCUGAACGAAUAAUUGGUGCCACAGACAGCAGUGCAGAAUUAAUGUUCCUCAUGAAACAGAAAGAUUUAGAUGACGUCCACUCGGUGCUGGCAAAAGAGGCAAAUAUGAAGUGUCCUCAAAUUGUAAUUGCUUUUUAUGAAGAGAAACUAACUUGGCAUUCUUAUCCAGAAGAUGAAGCUCGGUAA